GUUUUAUCUCAGAUAGAAGGGGGAGCACUAUAUCAAUGGGUAUCACCAAGAGAGGGAGACGAAUUUGUGUUCUGUGUUUGUGUGAAAGAGUAUCGACUGUUAAGACAUGUGGCUAGUUGUGGGUCUUUUCAUCGUGAUCCUAGGAUUGCUGGUUUUUCUGGACACGAAGAAGCCCAAGAACUACCCACCAGGUCCCAAAUGGUUGCCGCUCUUAGGAAGUGCCCUUAAAGUUAUAAAAGAAAGGAAGAGAACAGGGUACUUGUACGUGGCAACGGCUGAAAUGUCAAAAAAGUACGGUCCUGUUGUAGGUCUGAAAGUUGGCAAAGAUCUAUUGGUGAUCGUGUAUGGCAGUCAAGCUCUGAAAGAAUUCUUGACCUCUGAAGAUUUGGCUGGGAGGCCAACUGGAAUAUUCUUCGAGAUGAGGACAUGGGGUAAAAGAUUGGGUAUCAUGUUGACAGAUUCAGACUUCUGGCAGGAGCAGAGAAGGUUCGUCCUCCGCCAAUUGAGAGAAUUCGGAUUUGGACGCAAAAACAUGUCACUCAUGAUUGAAGAAGAAUCAGACCAUAUGGUCCGCGAUAUAGAGGAAAUGAUGGGUAAUAGGGGACAUCUGAUUGCCGACAUGGAAUCUAUUUUCAACAUCCACGUUCUGAACACGUUAUGGACCAUGCUCGCAGGUGUGAGAUAUAGCUCCCAAGAUAAGGGAUUGAAAGAACUCCAAGGAAUCCUCGGAGAACUGUUCGCACACAUCGACAUGGUCGGAGCACCUUUCAGCCAGUUCCCAGUACUAAGGUUCAUAGCGCCAGAGUUGUCUGGAUACAAGAGAUACGUAAAGACUCACUUACAUGUUUGGGAUUUCAUCAACAGAGAAGUGAAGAGGCACAAGGAAUCCCACAAUCCUGCCGAACCAAGGGACUUCAUGGAUGUUUACAUCAAUAUCUUGAAUUCUCCAGAUAGAAAGUCGAGUUUCACUGAGGAUCAGCUUCUGGCUAUUUGCAUGGAUAUGUUCAUGGCAGGAUCAGAAACCACGAGUAAAACCUUAGGAUUCAUGUUCCUCUAUUUGAUUUUGAACACCGAUGUUCAAAAGAAGGCGCAAGAAGAAAUAGAUAGGGUUGUUGGAAGGAACAGGUUACCUUCGUUGGAAGACAGACCAAAUAUGCCAUACAUGGAAUGUUGUGUUCUGGAAGCCUUGAGGAUGUUUGCAGGAAGAGCAUUUUCUGUUCCUCAUCGAGCCAUGAGGGACACCCACUUGCAAGGGUAUUUCAUUCCAAAGGAUUCAAUAGUCAUCGCAAAUCUGCACGGCAUACACAUGGGUGAUGAGUGUGGCUUCGACGAUCCUGAGGAAUUUAGACCGGAAAGAUUCCUGAAGGAUGGAAAGAUCCAUCUGCGGGACAAUUUCAUUCCCUUCGGUUUUGGCAAGCACAGAUGUAUGGGAGAAACACUGGCGAGAGCUAAUGUGUUCCUCUUCACAGCUUCCAUGCUGCAGCAUUACAACUUCAACAUACCACCAGGCUGUCCACCAUCUAUGGAAUGUAUAGAUGGCGUCACUCCUGGCCCAAAGCACUUCAAAGCUCUUAUAACACCUAGGAGGUGAUUCCACCAGAAAAAAUUAAAUUAGGUUAGACAUGUAUGUUUAGAUGAGAUUUUGUGUGUCUGAAAAUUACCAAUUAGUAUCGAUACGACUUUUAUUUUUGUACAUAUUCAUUUUCUUUUAAUGUAUGGAAACUUAUCUAUAUUAUAAAUUUUAUAAAAGCU